AUGUUGUAUUUUACGGCCAAACACCAAUAAUGCGUUCCUUUUUCUAUCCCAAGAAUAAUUAAAAUGUAUGAUUCAUGGGCGUAAAUUUAGCAUUACAGUAAAAUGGAAAAUGAAAAGGCAGGGAGCUUUCACAGCAAGAAAGUUGAGCAGGAAAAGUCAAAAUUUGACUGCAACAUAUGUUUUGACGAUGUUAGAGAACCUGUAGUAACGCGUUGUGGCCAUUUAUUUUGCUGGAAAUGCUUGCUGGCGUGGAUAAAUCGCAAUAAUAAUCAAUGUCCUAUUUGUCAAGCGGGUAUAUCACGUGAAAAUGUCAUACCUCUCUAUGGACAUGGUCAAGAAGCUUCCGAUCCGAGAAACAAACCAGAGGAACCAAGACCCAAAGCGGAACGUCCAUCGUCCCGAAGUAGAGAAUCAUCCAUGUUUGGGAACUAUGAUAGCAGAAUUUCUGUGUCAAUAGGCGGAUUCCCUCUCUCAUUUCUGUUUCCCUUUGGAUUUAGUCUCACUACAGGCUCAGCUGGACAUAGCUACUUUAAUUUCACCCGUCCAGAAAACACAUCAAAUAUGACGGAGGAGCAGCGAAGGGUACACAUGAAUUCCAUGUUUCUCAUGGUUACAGGGUUUUUGGUGAUAGCAUAUAUACUUCUUUGUGUAUGAUAUAUACCGCCAUAAAAAGUUGGCAAAUGUGAUUGAGUAUUAAAAUCUGGCCCUGCGAUCAAACAGGUACUGAAACGGUUUGCAACACUGGGAACAAAUUGAAACUUUGAAUUCGCAAUAGUUUUUAAAAUAAUCAUAAUUUGUAUUUCUGAUU